CUCGCCGCGGCAAGCAGAACUCUCAACGCCCACAAAAUAGCCGCCUACAGUCGCAAUGGCUCCCGUCCAAGCUGCUGUCAACCUGUCGCCGGCCGAGCUCUCAUUCUUGCGCUCGACCCUCUCGCAGACACCGCCCAUACGACUGGAUUAUACCAAAGGACCCCGCGAUUUUCGGUCCAUGAGAGCUGAAUACGAUGUUCUGCCCGGCGCAAACGGUAGUGCGCGUAUAGCUUUGGAAGACGGCACAGAAGCGCUCGUGGGUGUCAAGGCAGAGGUCGAGCAGUCCCAUUGGAGGCCACCACUUGAACAUAGGAGCAUAGUCUCUGUCACUGAAGGAGAGAGAAUGGUUCUGGAUGAGGAAGAAUCAGACGAGAGCAAUGGCAAAGGGAAGAACUCCUGGGUGGAAAUGAGCGUUGAGAUCCCCGGAUUUCGCGACGACGACGCCCUGCCUGUGUUUCUAGCGUCGAUGCUCACGGAAAGUUUGCUCGCAAGCGGUGAACUCAAGGAUCGGUUGUACAUCAAUCGCCGGUAUCAUUGGAAGCUAUAUGUUGACAUCCUCCUACUCUCCCCGCCGCUCUCAUACCCACUUGCCCUUUUGUCUAUGACCACCCACCUUGCGCUCCUCACUGCCCGCCUACCCGCUUUGACUUCGGAGAAGGACGAAGACCCUCACUUCAACGACGACUGGGAUGAAUCUGUUCCGCUAUACCCCAAGGACAACGGGAAAGAUGGUUCAACCAAACCAAUCGACAAACCUCCCGUCAUCGUACUGGCUAUGGCCGUCGGGCAAAAUAUCAUUUUCGACCCCUGCAAGGAAGAGCUCGCAGUUGCGGAUGCCGUCUUAGCCAUCGCAUGUACCGGGCCCAAGUCUUCCUCCACUGGUGCUCGCCUUGUCUCAAUCCGGACAAUUGACCCUCCUUCACACCUCACACCGCCUGGUGUACCAAACUCGAUGAAUUCUGCUACUGGUGGCACGGUGCCUACUUCCAGUGCGGAUGCGUUAACGCAGCGAGAGUUAUUGGCGAAUUCUGGGGUAUGGACACCGCCUCGUGGGGGUAUGAGACGAGGGUUGGUUUCGCAGGUGACGAAGAUGGUAGUCGAGGAUGGAGGUGUGGGUGAGGAGGUUAUCAAGGCACUUCAGGCGAUUGAGGUCGGAUGAAGAUUGGGAAUGGAAGAUCCUUGCUAUAUCCCAAACGGCGGAAGUCUCGAACUGACGACGCCGCGGUUGCACUCGUGGGCAGGUUGAGAGGGCAAAAUGUCGACCUUGCUAAGGGCGGGAUAUUGCCACCAGAUAUUGCAUACAGCCGUAUCCACACUGAUCGGUGGCAGAUGCACGAGUCGUGCAAAACUUGGUUCGCCAAUUACAUGCGAAACUUACGCCAGAAACAGUCCGAGGGUAGAACUGAGAGGUCGGAGCAGCUGAAAGCUGGUCAAUAUCGGGAUGCGUUGUGUUACAAUAUACCUCGGACUGAAUUGAAAUACCGUACUCCCUCUCCUUGACAUGUGCAAUCGUUCU